AUGAGAUCGAUUAGCCAUAUUUGCGAUCCGAAUGAAGUGUUAUCAGAAUCAGAUCGAUAUCGUCUUAACAAUAUUCUUGUACGAAUGAAUGGUGGAUCGACUGGUUCCAUUAAUUUUUGCGCAUCAAAAGGCCUUGACGCUACACUAAUUAUUGUAAAGCAGGGAACGAAACAAUUCGCUGAUCAAUUAAGAAAUAAUUGGAAAUUGGAUGAACAAUGUAAAAAAUCUGCUCUAUUUUUAUUAUCAAGCAAUGAUCGCAAAUUUUAUUUUUCUAGUGACGCGAACUCAGUUAUAUCAGAAAACGAUUUUUUCACCAUUCUCAGUGCUAAUCAGAAGCAACUCGAUGAAGGACAAUUUACAUCAGCAUUAUUGAAUAUUUUCAAACAAAUUCAAGAAAAUAUUGCUGAAGCAAAUCGAGGUAAAUGA